AUGAAAAAGAUAGCAGGAAAUUUGUUUGAUUAUUAAUCUGCAGGUCAAGGAUAUUUGCUGAAAUAUAUUCAAACAUUGUAAGAAACUGAGUAGAACAACAUUAUACAUAAAUUACAGAAAUACGAUAUUAAAUAAUUGUAUCAAGUAAAGAGUGUUUAGAAGUUAGGUUUAUCAAUAAUUCAAAGCAAAGAUGGUAUAGAUGACACCAUAUGAGCCAAUAAGAUGUUUGGAGUUUGUAGAAAAAGACGAAGAGAUAGGAUAUACAACAAUAGCAGAGGGCAAACGUAUACGGCAAUCCUCACUAUUUAGUGGCAAUCGUAUUGAGUGCUUAGCAAAACAUUAAUUUGUUAGACAUCCAGUUACCUUCACAUAAGAGUUUGCUUCAAUUGUAUUGUGAACGAAUUUGGAGUCUUUAGAAUGUUGUCAAACAACAUUGUGGAAAAUGUUUACCAAUACUGAUAUUCAUUAUGACCGCCGAUUUUAAUCAUGAUAUGAUUACUACCUUUUUUUAAGACAAUAAUCAUUUUGGUCUUUAAUAAGAUCAAAUCUUUUUUAUUUAAUAAGAUAAAUUACCUUUAUUUAAUUUAGAAGGAUAAAUUCUUUUUACCAAUUAAUAUUAAAUUUUUGAUGAAUCUUUUGGCAGUGGAUACAUCUAUUUAAAUCAAUCAGCUUUAGAUACUAUGAAAUUUUUGGGUAUUACCAUUCUUCAUUUAUGUACAAUGGAAAAUGUACUAUGUAAAUUUGGUGAUCCUAUUUGGAUUGGUGCAUUUAUUCGAAAUUAAUUAUAUUUGAGUUCCAAAUGUGUAUAAAAACGCGGUGUUGAUGAAAAUCUUGGAAUAAUUGUUAAUCAAAAUAAUUAAGGAUUAUAAUAUAAAGGUAUAUUAUUUAUAUAUAUUCAAAAGAGUUUGAUGAAAUCUCUUAUAAUGAUUUGGUAAAAAAAGAUAAAAAUGGAAGCUUAGCUAAUCCUGAUGGAGUCAUUGGUUAAAUUAUGUGUUCCUUAGAUUAUGCCCUUGAAAUUUGUUGCAAAUUUAAAAAACAUAUUUUGUCUAAGUAGAGAUUUACAAUCAAACUAGUUUCCAUAUUCGAUAAAAGAAAUGUACAUAUUUUGAUUACAUAACGUCCAAAUUAAUCUAACCUUUAUCAAAACCUAAUGCUCUUAAAUUUGAAUUAACAUACUUUGAAGCUGUUCCUUAUUGUCCAAUUAAAUAAUUUGCAUUAUUUAGAAUCAAAAGAGAAGAUGAAUAUGCUCCUAUUCUCAAUCCUUCAAAUGAAAUCUAAGAUACUAUACACACAGCACGUUAAGCUUAUAUGAGUAGAGAUUCAAAAUGGCUCACUUAAUUAGGCUAUUAAAUUAAUUCAGAAAUUGAGAUCUCUCCUAAAUUAACUUAUUUUGGAGAAGGAUUAGAAGAAGUAACUAAAAAAUAGAUUAAAAAUAAAUCAUAAAUCCCUCUUAUUCUUCAUAGUGAUAAAUAAAUAAGAACUGUUAGAGUUAAUAGUGUUCAUAAUUAACAACCUUAAACUUCACCUAAUAAAUAUAAUUCUUAAACUGUAAAUACUUAAAAUUUUUUUUAACAAAAAAUGAGCAUUCAUUAAAGUUUGAAUCAUCUUAAAUAACCAAUCACCAAUUCAUUAGUUACUCCUCCAUCUAGUAAUUAAAGUUUUCAACUUUCUGGUCGAAAAAGCAUUGAUUAGAAACCAAAUCGAUAGACUGAUUAUUAACAUAGACCUAAUCUAAAUUAAUUAAACAAACCUUUAUAUUAUGUACCUAACACAUAUUAUUAACCAAAAAAAUGA